AUGAAGUUCCAAGUCAUCAUCUCUACUCUCGUCGCUCUCGCCGCCGCCGUCCCAACUCCAGUUGACACUGAAAUCGGACUCGAGAAGCGACAGCUUAUUGUUGGCAUUACUGAGAAUGAAUACACCAGAAGCGGAUGCAAGCCUGUCAUCUUUUUCUUUGCGAGAGGUUCGACUGAAGUCGGAAACUUGGGCUCUACCGUUGGACCGCCAACUGGACAGGGAUUGAAGAACGCCUUUGGCGCAACCAAAGUCGCAGUUGAGGGAAUCGACUACGCCGCUCUUCUCUCCACCAACUUCCUUCCAGGCGGCGCCGAUCUUGCUGGAAUUGCGGAGAUGCGUGCCCUCUUCAAUGAUGCUGCUUCCAAAUGUCCAGACUCGAUCCUCGUCGGAGGUGGUUACAGUCAGGGAGCUGCUCUUACUCACCGAGCCGUGGAAAACCUCUCCGCUGCUGUUAAGGCUAAGAUUGCUGGUAUCGUCACUUAUGGAGAUACUCAAAACUUGCAAGAUCGCGGCCGCAUCCCUAACUUCCCAACUGAGAAAACCAAGAUCAUCUGCAACGUUGGAGACGCUGUCUGCUCUGGUACCCUCACCAUUCUCCCAGCCCAUCUCGACUACGUUCGAAGAGUCCCAGAGGCUGUCAGCUUCUUGACCGCCAGAAUCAGAGCUGCCGGUCUUUCUUAG